AUGUCGAGAUCCUUUACCGGCUGCACAAGAUGUAAAGCGCGACGUCAGAAAUGUGACGAGCAGAGACCAACAUGUGGGCGUUGUCAACUUGCAGGGGUCCAGUGCAAGUAUGCCAUGUUGCUUCAGUGGGGUGGACGUGCGUUUUCUAGAUCCCGGUUUGGAGCCUGUGUGGACACUGGAAACAUGCAAAGACUGGAAUACUCCCCGGGAGAAUUUAUAUACACCACCAAGUCGGCGCAGGCGCAGGCGCAAGCGCAGGGUCAGGCCCAAGCCCAAGCCCAAGCACAGACAUCGGCGCAAAUGCAGGUCCAGUCUAAAUUGGAAUUGAGCCUGACUAGCCCUGUUGAUCCCUUCUCCUCCAUUGCGCCGGAUCAGAGAGCGUUGUUACAUCACUUCAUCAAUGAUGCGUCACAGAUCACUGCCAGUCAUUCGGGGAUGCAGCAAGAGAUCUGCCGAAUGAUUAUACCGAUGGCUCUCCAGACUCCAUCUCUGCUGUACGCCACGACCGCUCUCUCUGCCAUCCACAUUCAGGCUCUACACAACCAACCGGAGAGCGUCAAGUCGGCUCCAGACAUUGCACGCCUGAUGGCACUUAGUCUGGAACACUUUCGCAAAGAAUUACAACAUCCCUCAUCCCAGAAUUCGGAAGCUCUGGUUGCCACGGCGCGAACGCUCUGUUUAGCCGAAAUUCAUUCUGGUGCUAUUCACCCACGAUCAUGGCGAGCUCACAUCGAAGGUGCAAGAGCAUUGAUGAAUACCCUCGAUAUGGCAGGCGAGGAUUCCCUUCAGACUAAGAGUGGCUUCCGGCGAUACCUCGACCGCUGGUAUUGGUCCAUUGUGUCGCUCACAGCAUUGACGGGCAAUGGUCCACCCGUUGACAACUCACUGGCGGCUUCGUCCUCCGAUACGGCGGGAGAAAGAGUCUCUCCAGACUACUUGGAUGACUAUUGGGGUUUCACAGUCGACCUGGCAGCCGUUUUCCGGCAGAUCGGAGCGGCUGCGUGGAGAGUCGAACAGGCCGCGAAAGAGCACCAGAGCCCGGGAUUUGUCACCGAGAUGGACGAGAACACCGAAGAUGAAGCUGCCGCGCUCGAAGCAUCAAUACAAGAGCUCAUGCGACGAGGAGCGACAUCUGAACCAUCAUUCUACCCUGGACGGGCGGAGCGGCUCUCUGCAGAUAGUGUGCAGCAUCUUGCCCUCUGCAACGAGGCAUUUCAGCAUAGUGCUUUGAUUCAGAUCCACCGGCGAUUGCGAAAGACUCCGACAACCUCGGCUCUUGUCCAGCAGUCCGUCCGGCGAAUUUUAGAAUGUACGGCACAGAUCGGACCGUCAGCUGGUCUAAGCCCCUGGGUCAUGCUGACGACUCCACUCUUCAUCGCAGGCUGUGAGGCUCGUGGUGAGGAUCGCGAUACGGUCCGACAAUUGCUUUCGUCCUUGUACGAUACUAUUCGAGUUCCCAAUGUGUUGCAGUCCUUGAAGUUUCUGGAGCAGUAUUGGACCCACCAGCUCAGUGAAGACGAGAACUGGAAUCAUUUUUUAGACCGCAUGCAAAUUGACUUCAUACCCUACUGA